AUCCUUGGUGAAAAAGAAUUGUCGCACGCGCAUCAAUUCGCACGAAUUGAAGCACGCGCCAGAUAUAUUUUUUUCCGUUGGGAUAUUUUGCGAUUGGGGUCAUCUCAGAGCUUCCUUUCCGUAAUUUAUUGCCGUGCAGCAUGUUUUUUAUUUCUGCCGGAAAUACGCCCACAUUUUGCUGAUAAGUUACUGACUGAGUGGAUGUGUCACAUAUAACUGAGUGAUCAUUGAGAGUUCAGCAAGCAUUAUUGACAGCGACUGGCCUCAGUGAGAGCGCAGGACAGCGCGUGCACCGGUAGCAGGAUGGAGGGCGAGGGUGCCGAGUCGCGCCGGCCGCUGGGCCGCGGAGGCCGCGGAGACGCCAUGCGCCGGGCUAUGGAGAUGUACAAACGCCGGCCCGGCGCCAGUCUGGAGGAUAAUGGCGUCGAACAGACCACGGCACACGUGCCGGACCACCCGGUGACUCAGAAUAUGGGGCCGGGAGGUGACGGUCCGCCGCCCGCCGCCCCCGCCCCCGCCCUAUCCGCCGGCGCCGGGCGGGCCCAACGGCUGCAGAAGCUGCUGGAAAAGCACAGCCGAGAGAAGGCAAUGCUGGGCGGUCAGGCACCGGCUCCGGCUCCCGCCCCCGCCACCCCGGUGCCCGCCCCGGUCACCGCCGCCGCCGCCCCCGCCCCCGCCGCCGCCGCUCAGACCCUGUCUCCCCCGGCGGCGGCCAGCGGCGGUCGGGGCCGCGCGCUGGCCAUGCUUCUGGAGAAGCACAAACAGAAGAGCGCCCAGGCUGCGGCGGCCGCCGCCGCGGCCCCGGCCGCACCCCGCGCCACCGCUGCCCCGGCGAGCGGCGGUGGUCGCGGUGACUCGGACGCCGACCGGCUGGCCAGUCGGUUCCAGAGAAUGGCGGUGGACCUGGACAAACCGCCCGUCAUCAGGAAGGGCACUGCAGGAAGGCCGGCCGACCUCUACACGAACCACAUCGGUCUGGCCAUGCAGCCCGGCCGGGCCGUACACGAGUACGAGCUGCGCUUCACACCCUAUCAGGACAGCAUGGGCCUGCGCUUCAAACUGCUGAGACACGAGAAGGUGAAGGCGGUGAUCGGAAAGGCCAGCGUCCACGACGGCGGAAAGUACUACCUGCCCGUCCGCCUGCCUCAGGAGAUCACGAAGAUCGACGUGCCGCACCCGAACCCGGGCGCCGGCUCCGUGCUGGUCGAGUUCAUAUGGAAGAAGGAGCAGCCGAUCGAGGCCUGCAUCCACCUGCUCAACAUCUGCAUGAAGCGGAUAAUGGGACGGCUCAAACUGACGGAGAUGCGGCGGUCGUACUUUGACAGCGAGGCCGCCGUGCAGAUCCAGAAGUACCGGAUGGAGGUGUGGCCUGGCUACAUCACCGCCAUCCACUGUUUCGAGGGCGGUAUCAAACUGAACGUCGAUGUGGCGCAUCGAGUACUGCACACCUCCACAGCCAUGGACUGCAUCCAGGACGCGUUCAACACGCACCGCGACCGCUGGCUGGACGCCGCCAUCAAGACGCUCGUCGGAUCCGUGGUGAUGACGCGCUACAACAAGCGCACCUACCGCGUCGACGACAUCGACUACAAGCGCACGCCCAAGGACUCGUUCCAGCUGGCUGACGGUUCAAAGACCACAUUCAUCGAGUACUACAAGAAGAACUACCUGGUGGACAUCAAGAACCCUGAUCAGCCGCUGCUCAUCUCACGGCCCAAGAAACGCGAGAAUGAGAGCGAGCAGUACGACCUGUGCCUGAUCCCGGAGCUGUGCCACAUGACUGGUCUGACGGACGCCCAGCGGAGCGACUUCCGUAUGAUGAAGGACCUAAUGGCGCAGACGGCCGUCAAACCAGAGGACCGGGUCAGGCAUCUGGCCACGUUCAUACGACGUAUCAAAGGGUGUCCGGAGGCGAACGAGGUACUGCUCGAGUGGGGUCUCAGUCUGGACGACUCCGUGUCCCGGCUGGACGGCCGGCAGCUCGAGCCGGAGAGACUGAGGGUCGGCGGCGGCCGAGAGAUCCAGCCCGACACGCGAGACUACUCGUGGGACCGCGCUAUCAAGAGCAACAAGGCGCUGACGGCGGUAGACCUCCGCUCCUGGGUGGUCGUCUACCUGAAUCGAAACGAGAACGUGGCGCGCCAGCUGGUCAACGCACUCCUGCAGGCGUGCCAGGGGGUCGGCAUGAACGCCGCCCAGCCGCAGAUGAUCUCGCUGCAGAACGAGCGCACGGAGACGUUCGUUGAGGCGCUGCGGCGCGCCAUCGGGCCUCAGCUGCAGCUGGCGCUCGCCGUGAUGCCCAGCCAGAGGGACGACCGGUACGCGGCCAUCAAGAGGCUCUGCUAUGUGGAGAUGCCCGUGGCCAGUCAGGUCGUCAACUUCCGAACGAUCAACAAGGAGUUCGGCAAGCUGCGGCCGAUCGCCUUCAAGAUCGCCAUGCAGAUCAACUGCAAGCUGGGCGGCGAGCUGUGGUCGUGCCGGAUGCCCGUGGGCAGCACCAUGCUCUGCGGCGUGGACGUGUACCACGACAGUCCCCGACACAAGGAUAACUCGGUGCUGGCGUUCGUGUCGGCGCUCAACCCCGACCAGACGCGUUACCACUCGCAGGCGCGCGUGCAGAAACAGGGCCAGGAGCUGGGAGACACGCUCAGCACCUGCCUGCUGACGGCCGUGCGCCAGUGGCACCGCGCCAACAACGCCCUGCCCGAGCACAUCGUCAUCUUCCGCGACGGUGUCGGGGAGGGGCAGCUGGCCGCCACCGAGAUGCAUGAGAUCAAGCAGUACGAGUCGGUGUUCACGGCGUUUGGAGAUGAGUACAAGCCCAAGCUGAACGUGGUGAUCGUCCAGAAGCGCAUCAACACGCGCAUCUUCAGCGCGCAGGGCCGCUCCAUCGCGAACCCGGGCCCGGGUACGAUCGUCGAUCACUCGGUGACUGCGCGGCACCACUUCGACUUCUACCUGGUCUCUCAGCACGUGAACCAAGGCACCGUGUCGCCCACCCACUACAUUGUGCUGCGCGACGGCGGUCAGUGGCCGCCGGACGCGCUGCAGAAGAUCAGCUACAAGGCGUGCCACCUGUACUACAAUUGGUGCGGCACCGUCCGAGUCCCGGCCCCCGUCCAGUAUGCGCACAAGCUUGCUGCCAUGGUCGGCCAGGUGCUACAUAAGCACCACGACGAGCGGCUGGCCGACCGGCUGUUCUACCUUUGAGCUGGCAGUGGCCGCUCUGGGGGCCGCCGGCCGCCCCUGUGUACAAAUCCAGAGCUCAUUGCAGGCCCGCCGCCGCCGCGGAGACCGCCCCCGUCGGUCCGGGCCGGGUGAGACCGUUCCGUUAUCGCAGGGAGAUAUUGCUUGCGCCCGCUCUGCACGGCGCGGUCAGAGUAACUCGUCCAACGUACAAACGCCAGCGGGCGACAGCGAGUCCGCCCCGCCACUUGUUCGUAGUGUUCAUCCAGAGCUGACCGAGGUCGCCUCCGGGGAGGGCUAGGCCGAGAUAGACUGCAGCCCGACCCGUGUAUUUUCUUACCGAGUUUCCUAGCGGCUUCGUGGUGGAUGAAUCGACGAAAGGUAAUCGGGGACUGGCGCCUCGCGAGCUGGAGCGGCGCACCUCAGCCGCGAGCUCGACUGUUCCACGAGCGUGCCGCGGCGUUCCCGUUGUUUCUAGCGCGCGCUCGGAGGGUGUUUUAGUUGGUGCGUGAUUCGCGCUGCGGCAGAAUCCGUUUUAUGUUUAAUGCUUUGAUGAAUAGACGGCCGCCAGUCGUUUC